CACUACCUAGCGAAUUUUGACUUGUCCGGACCAUUAUUUCGGUCGGGGUGGCUCUUGCAAGAUGAACAUACAAGAGUUUAAAGAGUUCGCAUGUGCCUCUAUUGAUUACAUUGCUGAUUAUUGUGAAAAUAUUAGAGACAUACCAGUAUUACCCAAGGUUGAACCAGGCUACCUUAGCCAACAGCUGCCUAAAAGAGCCCCAGAAAAGGGCGAACCCUGGCAAUCCGUGCUCGAGGAUGUGAACAAAUCGAUCCUUCCAGGACUCACCCAAUGGCACUCGCCCUAUUUCCAUGCCUAUUUUCCUACCGGACAAUCUUAUGCCGCCAUUAUUGGAGAGCUAUUUAUGGCAGGAAUCGGGGCUGUCGCCACCAAUUGGGAAUCCAGUCCAGCAGUUGUUGAAUUGGAAAUUAGAGUGAUGGAUUGGUUGGCGAAGAUACUGGGAUUGCCGGAGGAGUUUUUAAAUUGUUCUGAAGGACCUGGGGGAGGACUGAUUCAGAAUGCUGCUAGCGAUUCAACUCUUGUGGGUAUUCUCUCAGGAAGCCACAAAAAAAUCGAGCAACUGCAUCAAGAAGCCACCCCAAUGACGGACUCUGACAUCCGAGGUAAACUGGUGGCGUAUACUUCCACUGAAUCAAACUCUUCAGUAGAAAAAUCCGGCCUAAUCGCCUCUGUAAAAAUGCGUCUACUACAACCAGAUUCUGAGGGAAGCCUCAGAGGCGAAACUUUAAAAAACGCCAUCGAAAAAGAUAAGCUGAAUGGCCUGAUUCCGUUUUGCGUCGUGGCUUCGUUAGGUACCACAGGUACUUGUGCCAUGGACAACAUUGCUGAAAUAGGCUUAAUUUGUGCUCAAGAGAAAAUGUGGUUGCAUGUGGAUGCGGCCUACGCUGGUACAGUACUAGCAUGUCCGGAAUACCGAUAUCUUUCAAAGGGUAUCGAGCGAGUUGACUCGUUUAAUUUUAAUCCUCAUAAAUGGAUGCUUACCAAUGGAGAUUGCUCAGCAAUGUGGUUCAGAAAUUGCCGCUACGUGGAAGAAGCUUUUAAAACUAAGGCGUCAUUAAAAGUACCAAAAUUCAUACCAGAAGUGGAAAACAUGCAAAUCCCUGACGUAAGAAGAUUUAGGGCACUAAAACUGUGGUUUGUGAUCAGGAUUUAUGGUGUGAAAGGUAUUCAAGAGCAUGUAAGACAUCAAAUUUAUAUGGCGAAGUAUUUGGAACAUUUGGUAAACGCGGACCAGCGUUUCCAAGUAGUCAUUUCGAACUUAGGCGUGGUUUGUUUUAAGUUGCUCCAAAAUGAUUGUGUCACUAAAGAGGUGCUAAAGAGGCUCGCAGCCAGAAAGAAUAUUUUUAUUAUGCCGUAUUAUUAUAAAAGUGAGUUAUUGUUUAGAUUUGUGGUGUGCAGUAGGUUUACUAGGAAGGAGGAUAUCGAGCGUUCCUGGAAUGAGAUCUCUGAACAAACGACUGAGGUGCUGAGAGAUUUUGCAAAUAUCCAUUGUUAAUUAGGUUAAGGAUUUUUAUUAAUAAAAUAUAUUAGGAAUAACCAA